AUGGCUCCACUUUCAGAGAUGGAUACGAUCCAGGCAGUAAACAAGGCCACGCGAGACGACAAAAAAGAUUCGGCUUCGGGUCAUUCGUCACAGGAUCCGGAAAAGGCUGUUCAGGUGGGCAGCGGGCCGGAGCUGCAGAGGAGGUUGAAGAGUAGACAUUUACAGAUGAUUGCUAUUGGCACAGGUCUCUUCAUAGGAUCCGGAUCGGCAAUCGCUUCCUCCGGACCAGCAGGUGCUCUCAUCGCAUACAUCUUCGUCGGGACCCUCGUCUACAGCGUCAUGAUGUCUCUAGGAGAAAUGGCGACCUUCCUGCCCAUCCCUGGAGCAUUCACUCUUUACGCAGCACGAUUCGUCGACCCCUCACUUGGAUUUGCCAUGGGUUGGAUUUACUGGUUCUCAUGGGCCAUGACCUACGCCCUCGAACUCACAGCCACAGGUCUCAUUGUACAAUACUGGGCUCCCCAGCUCAACAUCGGCAUCUUCAUCUCAGUUUUCUGGGUCCUCAUCACCGGCGUCAAUUUUCUCCCCGUCAGCUUCUACGGUGAAAUUGAAUUUUGGUUCUCACUUAUUAAAGUCGUUACCGUGCUCGGGUUCCUCAUUUUUGGUAUCUGUAUCGAUGCCGGAGCUGGUCAACAAGGCUAUCUCGGAUUUCACAACUGGGGCCACCCAGGUGCAUUCGCACCCCAUCUCAUCAACCCCGAGAACCCCGUCUCCAAAUUCGUAGGAUUCUGGGCUGUACUCAUUCAAGCAGGUUUUUCAUACCAAGGAACUGAACUCGUUGGAAUUGCAGCAGGAGAAACCGAAAACCCCAAAAAGAACGUCCCAGCUGCUAUUCGGAAGACAUUUUACCGAAUCCUAUUUUUCUUCGUCGGAACCAUCUUCUUCAUCGGAUUGUUAGUUCCAUACGAUAAUGAGCAAUUAUUAUCAGGAGGAUCCGACGCAACCGCUAGUCCCUUUGUCAUUGCCGCGAAAUUAGCCGGGAUCAAGACACUCCCCGGACUCAUCAACGCCGUUCUCCUUUUCGUCGUUCUGAGCGCUGCAAACUCAAACGUAUAUUCCGGUUCCCGAAUCCUAGUCGGUCUGGCCGAAGGCCACUGUGCCCCGAGAAUCUUUAUGAAAACCUCCAAGUCCGGAGUUCCCUACUACGCCGUCGCCUUUUCCUCCGCAUUCGGUCUCCUCGCUUUCAUGAAUGAAAGUGCUGGAGGCGGCACCGCUUUCGAAUGGCUCCAAAAUAUAUCGUCGGUCGCUGGAUUCAUUACCUGGGCUUGUAUUUGCGGGUGUCAUAUUGCGUUUAUGAAGGCGCUUAAAGCUCGAGGAGUGAGUCGCGAUCGUUUGCCGUAUAAAGCGCUUUGGCAACCGUGGUUUGCAUGGUAUGGAUUGGUAUUCAUGGUGCUUAUUAUUUUGACUCAGGGGUUCACGGCGUGGAUACCGGUGUUCAGUGUUAAGGAUUUCUUCGUGGCGUAUAUCAGUUUGAUCUUGUUCGUGCUGGGUUAUGUUGGACAUAAGAUUGUUUGCAAGACCAAAUUUGUGAGUAGUUUGGAGGCGGACUUGGAUACGGGGAAUGUGGGACUAGAGGAAGAUGGGGUGAUUGAUUGGGAGGCGGAGGAGAAUUUGACUUUCAAGGAGAAACUUGUUAGUUUCUUUUGCUAG